AUGCCCAUCCACUGCAACGAGGCGCUCAGUAAUAGUUGUCCUCACGGAUACACCUGCACCUUCAAUGCUUUGAUCAAUAGCCAUGUUUGUUGUGGAGCAUCUGAUCAAGGUGUAUGUCCCGAUCAGGAAAAGGCCUUCAUUAGCACUGCGGAUAUGUCACCACGGGAAUGCGUUGUGAACGUGGACGCUUCGUGUCCUGCCAACUACCUAUGUCGCUUCAACAUGCAGCGAAAUAAGUACUACUGCUGUACUAGCAUCACUGGGAGGACUUGCCCUGCUGGUAAAUUCCUGCACAAGGACCCUCAUACAUCUAUGCCCACACGUUGCACUGUGGGGCGAAGUGACCAGUGCGCGGAAGGCUAUUCUUGCCAAAGUUAUCUACCAAAUUCAUCACAAGGAUUUUGCUGUACCAGCAAUGGUAAGUACAGUACUUUCUGCUCCGGGACAGACUAA